AAAAGAGAACAAUUUCAUUAUCUCCAUCUCGUAUCCCAAAAUAAUAUAUUUUAUUUAAGAGAGUGCUGUAAUUAUUACUUCUCCGGGAUCAGUAGAUCACAGCUUCGCCUCUCGCUUUCUCUUUUCCGCGGUUUUAUUUGAAAACAGACGCUCUUGAGAGCGCGCACGCGACGCGUCUGUGAGGGAGAAGCUCGCGCUCUUUGUUCAUUCAUUUGAUCUGCGAUUCUUUGUUGCGUGUGAAAGCAUGGGAGCACAAAUCUCCAAAAACGGAGCAAAAGACGAGACUGCUGCCGAAAAACCCGCGGAGGCUGCAAAUAAAUCAAACGGGCAGGAAAAUGGCCAUGCUAAAACCAACGGGAAUGCCUCUCCGAAUGCUGAAGCGGCAGCAGAAGAUGUCCAAGCCAAUGGAAAGCAUGCUGCCGAUGGGGAGGUAAAAGCCGAGGAGGGAAAGGCAGAGGAAGCAGACGCAGAGAAGGCCGCUCCGGAGGGUGAAGGAGAGAGUUCUGCUGUUGCAAAUGGUGAAGACUCCACCAAGACAGAAGAAAGCGCAGCUACUAGCAGCGAGCCUGCCAAAACCAAAAAGCGAUUCUCCUUUAAGAAGCCAUUCAAGCUGAGCGGUUUCUCCUUUAAGAAGAGCGCCAAAAAAGAAGCUGAAGGUGGAGAAGCGGCGGCGGCCACCGCUGAGAAUGGAGAGCAGAAGAAAGAUGCUGAACCCGAGGAGGCCAAGCCCGAAGCUUCCAGCGAAGAGGCCAAGGCGGAGACUCCAGCUGAGGAACCCAAAGCUGAGGAACCAAAAGCUGAAAGCAGUGAGGAGAAACCAGCCAGCGAGGUAGCUGAGGAAAAGCCAGCUGAGGAGAAGCAAGAGGCGGCUCCUCAGGAACCAGCAGCCGCAGAAAGCUCAGAGGCUCCAGCCGCUGCCACAGAGUAAGAUGGAGGAGGUGAAAGGCCCGUUUUUAGAUGAAGUCCGAGGAGCACAAACAUGGAAAAUUUGUACAAAAACCAAUGACAUUUCAAACCUUCUGUUAUAUCCCAUACUUUCACCCAUUCCUGUUCCAUCCACUACAUUGUAUAUGGCAUUUUGAAGGAAGGAAGUUGGAUGGAAUGAUUGGAAGUGAAAGGCACAUUGUUUUUUUUUUUUUUUCCUCCCCCCAUGUUUUCUCAUAAUUUUCUGUAGCAGUUGUGUGGGUGUGUGCGCGCAUGAGUGAGAUUUAAUAGAAAUAUUGCUUGUUUAAAUUUUGUUUUGUUUUUUCUUUUGUAGGUGAACUUUGUUAGUGUUGUAAGGACGUUAAGUUGAAAUGUUAGUUGAAGGUACUGGUGCCAUACAAUUGGGUAAAUCAAGCGUGUGGAAAAAGGAGCUAUCAGAAACGACAUCGCUGAACAGUUUGUAGAUGUUAUCGGUCCGUUCUCAUUUGAUUUUUACUGUCAUGAAUCACUAAAACAGGUGCUCAAAUCCUCAGCAGCUGCAUUGUGCAAUACCGCAGCAUUAUGUAUUGGUAUUGGCUUUUGUCAUUGCUGGAUUUUAAGAUGUUGAAAAUGGCUUUUUCAUGUUAUUUUUUUCCCUCAGUGGUAUCAAUUUGAAGUUUUUUUUGUUUGUUCUCUCUUUCUUGAAAUAUUCCUGUUUCAAUGAGAAUGAUGUUCUGAAGUGUUUAAGAUCAAACCGUUGCCCUGUCAUGUGUAAUGCAGUCAAAGUGUUUUUUAUUCCAGCAGAGUUCCACAAAUGUUUGAAAAGUUGCCAGUGCAAUCGUCAAGUAGAUAUUUUUUUUCUUCCUUUUUUCCUGUAAAUACUUCAGCACCAUCUCUACUUGAUUUUUAAAUGGAAUGUAACUGCGUGCAAAUCGUUCACAAUGCUUCUUUUACCCCUUCAUUUUAGGGGCACUCAAAAUAAAAAUAAAGGAUUUAGACAGACAUGAUUUGAGUGGUUUUGUUUGAGUAUUGAUUGUACAACAUAACCUUUUUAAUAGUUGUCAUCGUUUAGUGGGGGGAAAAAACUUAAGUGGGAUUUAUUUUUAAUUUUACAAGAGUAAUGUGAAAUGUCUAGCUUGAUUAUUAUUAUUUUUUUUAUGUUAUUUUGGCUGAUUUACUUUUCAAUCAAUUUCUGUUGGGACAACAUGGAGUUCAGAUCAGUGGUUCCCAAAGUGGGGGUGCUGGGACUAAUACGGGGUGGCUUGGUAAUUUUCCUAAAAUCAAAUAAAUGUGAUUAAACUAAUAGAAUUACCCCUUUUUUAACCAUAACCCAAGUUAAAAAUAGAAGUUUUUAAUAGUAAUAAACAACAACCUGCAAAUGAAAAUCCAUCAGCUUUAAUUUUUUUUUCAUAGGAAUGAUGUGUUUACGUUAGAUUAAAAACACAGCAAUAGCGUCAGCUGCAGCAGAUUAAUUUUAUAGGACCAGGUUAAACUUUGACACCUUUAUGGCAAUCAAAUACAUUGGAAAUGAUCUCUGAUUGGUGCUCUCCAAAAUUAAACUAAGAAAAGACUUGUGCUGAAAACAUUGUGUCCACCAGUCUUAGCUGAGUUUAAUAUUAAAUUAAUAAAUGACUAUGAAAAUGAAAUGGUUGUUAGACUUGCACUUUUUUGUGUUGUCGAUAUGCUUGUGUUUAUACUGGCCUAUUGAUGUGUGUGCAACUAUGUAUAUUUAUAACCACCUCCAAGGAAUUUGGGGGUCGCAAGUCACUGGCAUUGUUAUUUAGGGCUCGUGGGCUGAAAAGUUUGGGAACCACUGGUGUACUUAACUUCUUUCUUUCUUUUUUUUUUUUUUUUUACAAAUUAAUUUGAUUGAACAAUAAACAAUUAAGUUGUCCCCUCAAAAACUCAA